ACACACACACACUGAUAAUGCGGGAACAACAGCUUGCAGGUAAAUGCCAUGGGGUGUUGUUAUCUUGGGUUAUGGGAAUUCUUCAUUAUAGCAGGAACACAAUAGCUGUCCCACAUAGCCCUGCUGCAACAAAGCCAGCAUCCCUCCUCCCCGCUCGCACACAGUGGGAGGUGGGGUCUCCCCUUCGACUUUAUAGGAACUCCUGGAGACACAAGCCAAUCUAUCCUGCUGUCUGCCACAUCUCUGCUCUACCAAAAUGAGAGGACUCCUGUUGCUGUGCCUGUUUGGGACUGUGUUGGGAAACUACUCUUGGAAUGGCCCUGGGCAGGAGGUGCCGACCAAACCCACUUCAGACAACGUGUGCCUGACGGACACGGCGUCCUGCGGCUGCUGUCUCAUGCAGAAGCAGAUGCAUCGCAUGGAGGGGUACUUCAACAUGUCCCUGGAUGAGCUUCAGCGCAAAGUGAACAGGGCGCAGGCCGCGCUCAACAACGUCCGCUCUAGCCGAAGUGCCUUCUCAGUGGCUCUGACGGACACCCGCAGGUGCGUAGGCCCGAACCGAGGGGGUUCUCCAAUUGUGUACGAGUACGUUUUCCUCAACCUGGGCGACAACUACAACCGCGUAGACGGUGUGUUCACCGCCCCGCGCGCGGGCGUCUACAGCCUGGCCCUCACCGUGUACAGCGACAGCGGCGCGCCCGGCAGCCUUCUGAUGGCCUGUGCCAACCUGCGGGUGAACGGCGCGGACGUGGCCAAACUCAACGACGACAACGACGAGGACCAGGAGGACAGCGCCACCGCCGUGCUGGCCCUGCAGCUGGCCGCCGGCGACAGGGUGUCCGUGUACCUGCCGGCCGGCUGCUCCCUCUGCGACAACGCGAGCCACUACAACACCUUCAGCGGCUUCCUGCUGUACGCCACCGACUGAGCGCCGCCCCUCCCCCCGGCACCCCUCUGACCCCUGACCCCAUGACCCCUGACCCCUCGCUUGGUGUAAUUUAGGGCUCACUCACCCUGGGCCUGAAGGGUUGCCACGUCUGUAGCCGACCGUCUCAAACUCCGAAUGCCCACCACAGCAGAUGAAUCCUCUCUCCGUGCAUGCUGGGAGAGCUGGUGCCAGGGCCAGAUGGUACCUUGGAGGACCACCACUGAGUGUCUCCUCACUUCCACCUGGCCCACAGCCACCAUCAUCGUCUUCCAGUCUCCUGUUAACCCCUCCCAAACUGUCCAGUGGCCCACGCAGUCCAAUACCCAGAUCGACUGCGCUGCAUUCAUUCAACGCUACUCGCGGUCCUGUCUCUAAACGGGGCAAGCCAUCCACUGUAAACCCCCGUAAAGCUGGGUGAUUAUGCAACAUUAAUGAAAAAUAAACAAGACUGAUGAUGUAAUUUGGCUUGUCCCUUUGUGUGCUUUGCACUUAUAUGAUGUCAUUUGCAUAGACACACUCACUUUUGUAAGCUCAGAUGCAAGAAGGGCAUAUCAAAGGGUUGCCACUGGAUUCACAGACUCACAUAAAUUGUAAUUGCAGAAAUUUUCCUUGUGUACAAGCUUCAAGUGUCAUUUUUUUCAGGAAUUUAAAUUCUAAAGAAGGGGCUGCACAUGUGUUUUGCAAAUUGUAAAAACAGACCUUAAGUCAUAAGAAAUUAAAUCCUUUAAUCACAGAAAGAAAAGCCUCUUUGUCUGUUUCUCUGUAACCACUGAUUCCUUCUUUUGAACCAAUCAAUAAAUUUGCCUUCGU